AUGAAAUUUCCGGUUGUGGCCUCUGCAACGGUUCAGCGUCCCGAGUUUCAAGCUUGGGUCACGGGCCUGGUCUCCUCGGAUGUCCACGGGGCCAUCAAAGGGCGCAGUGUGGGUGAUGCUGUUGCCCGCCUCCAGGAGUGCGAGGAUGAAGCUUAUCUGAUUUCCCUAGACCUCAUGAAGGGCUUUGAAUACCUGCGCCCUGCUAUCAGCGUGGGGCUUAUGGCCCAUCUCGGCCUGCCGGACUUGUGGGUCAAGCAUUUUCGCCAUGCUUGGAGCUCUCAAAAACGGUUCCUUCACUUUGGGCGCUUUGUGGAUGAGCGUCCUGUUGAGGUGGGUUUUUGUACUCCUCAGGGAGAUGCCAUGGCCCCUGUGGCCUUGAUCUUGGCGAUGCAGCACGGCGCCAACGCGUUCGCAGAGCUCGGGCUCAGACGCCCUGCAUUGCAAGCCCUGUUCGUGGACGAUCGUGAGAUAAUCGUCCACCACCCUGAAGAUGUGCGUCUUAUCCUGGAUCACUGGCAAACGUGGUCCCAGAGGCUGCGCAAGCUCUCGGCUUGGGUGGGAAGGCUUCAAGAACUGGUCUUCCAACAGUCACGGCAACAAGUUUGCAACUCGUUAAAGCGCAAGGUCUGGACUACGUGGCCUAGGGAGAUUCCAUGGUCCCAUGACUUGAACAGUGUGCUUUGUGACGCACGCAUCUUGCUUGAGGAGCGGCGACAAGACAGUCGGCGCACAGGGCUGGACUGCUGGAAAGAAGACAUGGCUAAAGAGGGCAAGGCCUGCGCUCGCUGGUUGAAACAGGAUCAUUUAUCCUUGCCGGUUGGCAUUGCCACGCCUGAUGGAUGCGCCGCGACGGUGUCCGAUAUCUUCAGUGAGCUGCGGCGGUCCUGGAACACUGCUUGGGAGAGGGCGGCUGCUGCCUAUCGCGCUGGUCAGUUCUCUGAAGCAGAGGAGCUUUACACACAGGCCCUUGCAGCAGCAGUGGACGCCGAGUCUCGUGCAUCUGCGCUCGUCAGUCGAGCACAGCAAGGGUGCCGACUGAAGCUGCAGCACUUCGAAGAUGCCCGUGAGGAUGCUGCUGCAGCACGAGCACUGGCGCCUGACAACCCGAAAGCAUGGUAUCGACUCGGUCUGGCCAAUGCUCGCUUGUCCAGACUGCAAGAGGCUGAGGCUGCGCUGGAGGAGGCCCUGCGCCUGCGACCUGGAGAUGAUGAUGCUGCACCCUCAGAGACAUUAGUGUAUGAGCAGUACUUCCAGACGGGCACGCUCGCUGUUGCCAGUGCCACAGCAUGCAUUCGCUUUCUCGGGUCGGAAGGUGAGUCUAUCUCUGGACAGGCCGAUGACUUCGUCAUUGCCGGUCUGGACGUUGAACCCUAUGUGGGUCCUGUCAGGAUCGGGCAUUCGCCUGAGCGAGGCCGGGGUCUCUUCUUGACCGAAGAUGUUCCGCGGGGAAGGCUGCUUCUUUGCGCACAAGCUCUGGCGACCGGCCUGAACGAGGACCUGCCGCAGCUUCUUCAGCGUGCUGCCAGAUGCGAGGAGGUUGGGCAAGUACUGCGAAGUCUUUCGAGCGGAACUCCAGAAUCUGAGACAGAGGUGUGGCAGCGCUGCAAGACGCCUCUUUCCGCAUGUUCCAAUAUCGGCCCCUCCUUGCAGAUGCCUUUACUGAGCGCAGCUCAGCUGGCAGCUCCCAGGAAGCUCUUCCGAUCAGAGGCCUCAUCCGAGGCGGAGAACUCGCACGCCUGGCUUGAUUGCCAUAAAGUUCUCUCGUGCGUGGAGUUUCCAAGAACUGGGUUCGCACUUCCCAUGGUGAAUCCGAAUGCUGCGCCUAUGGAGAUCGGCAACGAUUCGCAGCGCUCUGGACUAUGGCUUUUGCCGGCCUUCGUGAAUCACUCCUGCUUGCCAAAUGUGCAGAGGGUGAUCGUGCUGGACUGCUUGUUCCUGAGGGCUGGCCGUGACCUCAAAGCUGGAGAGGAACUUUUUGACAGUUAUGCAGAGACCUUGCAGCCGUGGUACCGAAGGCGUGAAGCCUUGGCAACAUACGGCUUCCAGUGCUGUUGUGAGCGAUGCCGCCUGGAAGAGGCGGUCUUCGGCAGGCAGCAGACGAACCUGGAGGACAUCCUCGAGCAGGCUGCAAACGCAGUCCGAGGGGCCGACGGUGCCGAACUGGCUGAGCGCACGGAGGCGGCUGCCAACGAAGCAGAGGUCUUUGCAGCCAGAGCUUUGGAAGCUGCUCUGCAUGAAGGCCGAUUGUCCGAUCUACAACUGCAGGUGUACGAGUUGCCACCUGCGCCACUUUCUGCGCAGCGAAUGGCCCUACUACGGGACGGCUUCGAGCGCUGCGUUGAUGAUGCUGAAGAGCAGUCCUUCGAGCGACAGGAAAAGCUGCAGGCCCUCCUCCUGGGCAGUCUUGCGAACGUGCUCCGCGGCUUCGCACUGAGCCUCCGAGGCCUGAACCGGUACGUGGAGGCAGCAGCUGCCUGGUCCCGCGUGCUGGAUGCUCUAGAAGAGGUGAUCCCGGCUUCAGAGCUUGCGGCCAUCAUCGCCAACGACAUGUUGAGCAACAAGCUCUUGGCAUUCCAUCUGGACACCAAGAAGGCGGCUCAGAAGGAGCUUCGUCGCGCACUCCUGCGAAGUCAUCAGGCAUAUGGUGGAGGAGUUGAGACCUGGCGUCUCAUGACCUCAAAGCUCUUUGCCGAGUCAGUCUUGGAUGGUGGUACAGCCACGUGGAGAGCCUUGCAGAAGGAGAAGCCUGGGCUGGCUUCAAGCAGCCAGGAACAAGGCUACUGCUCCAAGGAUGUCGCUGUGAUGGCAGCAGCAACACUCAAAGAGGAGAAGCCAGGCUUUGAGGACCUGCUCCGCAAGCAAGCGGCACGAAGGACACAGCAAGGUACGGAAGCACGCAGCAUCAAGCCCGAAGUGCCUGCCGCCGAUGCAUCGACACCACCGAGCCAAAAGACGCCAAAAGCUGAGACGGAAGGAUAUGCAAUGAAGGGAAGCUGCUCCGUCACAACGGAGACGGACGCGGCCGGCCUUCGUUUCGUCAGCGUGGUGGUUCCCCUCCCCGGACUCAACUCAGCAGCAGAAGCCUCCCUGGAGGUCUCGGCGACCGAGCUCAGGGUCACCAGCUUGAGGCACGAUGUGCCACACCAGAUCAGCACUCCGCUCCCUCUGGAAGUGGACGCUUCAAGCAGCACGGCCAAAUGGUCGCGGCGCCAGCAGCAGCUAACAAUUCGGCUGAGAGCAAAGUGA